GGGAAGGUCUGACGACGGUUCGUAGACUGGGGCUCUUCCUUCUGUGCCUGUAAAGCACAGUGACCCAAAUUCCUCCGGAGUAGCUUCGGAGGUCACCACGCUGGGGGGUCCGACGAGCCGUUGUGCACCCAGUGCUCGAAUGUGAGAGACGGGACACCCCCCUACCCACCCGCCUUCCUGCAGCCCAUGGGGCAGAUGCCCGAGAUCUCACCCUUAAUAAGAUCCUGAGCCUGACAGCUGGCAGUGGGCUUCCUCCCGAGGGGGCCUCCCGUAUGCGGCUACUAUGUAACCUCCAGCAGGCCGACACAGACAUGUGUUCUCAGUACUGCAUCUCCUUGGCUGAUGUUAAAAAAGCUCAUUCCAACAUUGAGGACCUCGUGCACAUCACCCCCAUCCUCACAAGUUCCAUUUUGAAUCAGUUGGCUGGCCGGAAGCUUUUCUUCAAAUGUGAACUCUUCCAGAAGACUGGGUCCUUUAAGGCACUGGCAUCCAAAGACAAACCAGUGGAACAGUCCCUGAUCUCAAGGAGCUUUCCUUGUGUCACGAUCCGGGGGGCCCUCAAUGCCAUCCAGGGCUUGACCUUCAGCCCUUCAGAUGGGAAGAAACCCAAAGCUGUGGUCACUCACAGCAGUGGGAACCACGGCCAGGCACUCAGUUAUGCGGCCAAACUGAAAGGAAUUCCUGCCUAUAUUGUGGUCCCAAGAACAGCUCCUUCCUGUAAGAAGUCAGCAAUCCAGGGCUACGGGGCCACCAUAAUAGACUGUGAGCCCAGUGAUGAGUCAAGAACAACUGUGGCAGCAAGAAUUGUGAAGCAAACCGAAGGGACAAUGGUACACCCCAACCAGUGCCCAGCUGUGAUGGCGGGCCAGGGCACCAUUGCUCUGGAAGUGCUCGAGCAGGUUCCCGCAGUAGAUGCCCUGGUGGUACCUGUAGGGGGUGGAGGGAUGAUCUCAGGAAUAGCAGUUACAGUCAAGGCUCUGAGACCAGAGGUGAAAGUGUAUGCCGCUGAGCCCUGUAAUGCGGAUGACUGUUUCCAGUCCAAGCUGAAAGGGGAGCUAACCCCUAACCCUUCUCCACCAGUCACCAUAGCAGAUGGGGUUAAAUCAAGCAUUGGCCCCAACACUUGGCCUAUUAUAAGGGACCUGGUGGAUGAAGUCUUCACUGUCACAGAGGAUGAAAUUAAGCAUGCCACCCAGCUGGUGUGGGAGAGGAUGAAGCUUCUUAUUGAGCCCACAGCCGCAGUGGGAGUAGCUGCCGUGCUGGGCGAGAGGUUCCGGAAGGUGGUGCCCGCUGCCCAAGCCAUCUGUGUGGUUCUCAGUGGGGGGAACGUGGACUUGACCUCCCUGAGAUGGCUGAAGCAACCAGAGGGUGAGGAGGCUCAGCGCCCUCAGAACUGACGAAGAGACGCCCGUGCUGUCAC